AUGACGUCGUCUCGUCUCUAUCUCCGGUUCCUUCGCCAGUUUUCCACCGCCGCUACAUAUUCUCCAGCCACCGUUUCUUCCGGCGCAAUCACUGUAUCAAAAGCUAAGUCCAGACUCCGUAAAGUUCAAGAUCCGGAUAAAGCCUUAGCGAUUUACAAUUCCGUCUCCAAUAAUCCCUCAUCUCCUCUCUCUUCUCGCUACGCAAUGGAGCUCACUGUUCGACGCCUCGCUAAAUCUCAACGUUUCUCCGACAUUGAAUCACUAAUUGAGUCUCAGAAAAACGACCCAAGAAUCAAAACAGAGACUUUUCACUCUACAUUGAUCAGAUCUUACGGACGAGCUUCCAUGUUUGAUCAUGCUAUGAAGACGUUCGAGGAGAUGGAACAGCUCGGUACACCCAGAACCGUUGUUUCUUUCAACGCAUUACUCGCUGCUUGUCUUCACUCUGAUCUGUUUGAAAGAGUACCCCAACUGUUCGACGAAAUUCCUCAGAGGUAUUAUAGUAUUAUUCCUGAUAAAGUCUCUUAUGGUAUGUUGAUUAAGUCAUAUUGUGACUCUGGUUCGCCUGGUAAAGCUAUGGAGACUAUGAGAGAUAUGGAAGUUAAAGGCGUGGAAGUUACCAUCAUUGCUUUCACCACGAUUUUAGGAUCAUUGUAUAAGAAUGGCGAAAUCGAUGUAGCUGAGAAUUUGUGGACCGAGAUGGUGAAUAAAGGCUGCGUAUUGGAUAAUACGGCUUAUAAUGUUAGACUCAUGAAUGCUGCGAAGGAAAGCCCCGAAAGAGUCAAGGAAUUGAUGGAAGAAAUGAUCAGUGUUGGAUUGAAACCUGAUACGGUUAGUUAUAACUAUCUUAUGACUGCUUAUUGUGUGAAAGGAAUGAUGAAUGAAGCGAAGAAAGUAUACGAAGGGCUUGAUCAGGAACACGAUUGCUUUGCAAAUGCAGCGACGUUUAGAACAUUGAUAUUUCAUCUGUGUAUAAACGGUUUGUAUGAUCAAGGUUUAGUAGUGUUCAAGAAGAGUGCGUUGAUGCACAAGAUUCCAGAUUUCAAGACGUGUAAACAUUUGACUGAAGGAUUGGUGAAGAAUAACAGAAUGGAAGACGCACGAGGAGUGGCUAGGACGGUGAAGAAGAAAUUCCCUCCGCGUUUAGUAACCGAGUGGAAGAAACUAGAGGAGAAUCUUGGAUUGUAUACAAAGGCCAAAACUGCUGCUUCUGCUUCAUCUUCUUCACGAACAAGACAAGUGUUAGAUGAAGAAAUAGAGUCUGGUGCUGAAUAA